CCUCGAUCAUCACACAACUCCCUCCCUGCGAUCAGUCAUAAGUGGCUUCUAUCGUGCAAUGGCGACGCGCUCCGACAAACUUUCCAGGAACUUGCUGUUGCUUGAGAAGGGAAAGAGACAGGUGACAAAACCAGGUGAUGCCAAAUUACUUUUAGAAGCUCUUUGUGCCCAAGAUGAUCAUUUACGCUGUAUCGAACGGGUGCUUGCUUCUCCCCCUCUGAGCGAUUCGCUCCAGAACAGCUUCCGUCUGGAUUUAUCGCUGGACUUCAUCAACAAUUACGCCACCCCGUUCCUCAGCUACAUACAACAUCCAACCAUCGAGGAUUUUGGGAGUGGACAAUUUCUCCGUCAGAUUGUCUCCCGAAUCACUCAACCUCCUACAUUCUGGAAUGCCCUUAUACAGCUCCACACCCAGAAGAAGCUCAAUGAGAAGGCUGAGCUAGGUUUUGCUUGGUUACUUCUCAAACUUAUCACUACGCAGGGCUGUGCCUCUGAAAUAAUUGCCACUGCCCAGCAAAUCUCGCGGGCCCGGACAUUCCUCGUUUCACUCUCCCUUGAGAUCCGCACGAUCGGUUAUCGCAUUGACGCUAUCUUGAACACCCUCACAACUAGACUAGACGUGAAGGAUGACUAUCGACCCGGCGGCAGACAUGACAACGACUUUGAGUGCUUUCGUGACAUCUCUAUUCUCCCAACACCAGAUGAGAUCGCUGCGACACAGAGGCCCUUCUACCGCCGUAUGGAAGACAUCUACCAGCUUCCGGCGGACGAACGACCGGUCGCUCAUUACGAUAACCAGUUCCGCCUGUUGAGAGAAGACUUGCUGGCAGAGCUGAAGAAUGAUCUCCAGCUUGCUCGUGGUCAGAAAAAGGGAAGAAGGUCUGCCCUGCCCAUCGAUAGACUUCGCUUUAGGGGAAUUGGCUAUGGUGAGGAGGAAAACCGCCGAAGGACCUGUAAUGUUCAAUUCGAAUGCACAAACGGCAUACCCCGUUUAUCCCCUUUGUCCAAGACUGAACGUGGGCAGCUACUGGGUGAUAGUCCCAACUUUCUGAAGCGCCAGUCAUUUGGGUGCUUGCUAAAUAAGAAGGAGGUCGUCGGAUUUGCUUCUUUAGAUCGUGGGUCAUCAGAUCUCACAGACGACAUCCCGACACUCGCCUUGAGCGUGCAAGGUGACUCUGCCCUCCACCGCGUUCUCGCAUGCGCCAAGAUGGGGUUUUUGUUCACGUUCGUGAUUGUCAAUACUCCAAUCUUUGCAUAUGAGCCGAUUCUUCAACGAUUGCAGUCAGUGAUGGAAUACCCCCUGUCAAGGAUACUGCUUGCGCAAGCUCCCUCGCCGGAGCGGCUGACAUUCGAGGGAGAUCUGGAAACUAUCAUCGAACAAAUACGGACCAGCAGGGGCCAGUCGCUUAAUCGGAUUAUCGAUACCGAGAAGAACAUAUCUCUGGACGAUUCACAGCUUCAGUCUCUCUUGAGCGGUCUGCAGCAAAGCAUAAGCACGAUCCAAGGGCCACCUGGAACUGGGAAGUCAUUUCUUGGUGCAUUGAUUGCCAAGAUCCUACACGAUAAAACAGAUAAGACCCUCAUGAUUAUCUGCUACACGAACCAUGCAUUAGAUCAGUUCCUGGAAGACCUUGACAUCGGCAUCCCAAGCACGUCCAUGGUACGGCUCGGUUCCAAAUCUACGUCACGUACCAAGGAGCUCGGACUUUUUGAGCAGUCUCGAGGCAUGUCCGGCGUCGAUUCGUGGUCCUUUGUGAACCAGAACAGGGAAAAGCUAGACGAAGUACUCAAGGAGCUGCAAUCUUACUCCGAAAAGUACAACCGUGACUCUAUUUCCAAAGAUGACAUGCUCGAAUACCUAGAGUUUUCCGAAGACAGCACCUUCUUUGACGCAUUCACCGUGCCCGAAGAGCCGACGGGUAUGCAACGCAUUGGAAGACGUGGUAGAAGUGUUGGAAAACACUAUCUGUGGGAUGCAUGGCGGAAUGGGCGGGACGCGGGUACUCUCCGCGACCUCCUCAGUCCUCAGCACUCUUAUAUCUGGGCAAUGGCACCUUCCAAGCGCCGGGAGUUGGUAGAGACCUGGCAGAGGAACAUUCUUCGUGACAAAUCCGCUCAAUUAGUUGAGCUUGUCAAGAGAUGUCAUGAUAUCUCAAAGGACCUGGAUGAAUACUUUUAUCAUAAGCGACAUUGCGCUGUUCUCGAAAAUAAACGAAUUGUGGCAUGCACAACAAACGCGGCCGCCCGAUAUGCAACGGCUUUGCGGGUCGCUAAACCUGACGUCUUGAUUGUGGAGGAGGCCGGGGAGAUCCUGGAAAGUCACAUCCUGACAGCCAUGACUCUGGACACACAGCAGCUGGUGUUAAUCGGGGACCAUAAGCAAUUACGCCCCAAGAUCAACAAUUACAACUUGUCUGUCGAAAAAGGCGAUGGACUGGACCUCAACCGCUCCCUUUUCGAACGACUCAUCUCCAAGGGCUAUCCGCACAGCUCCCUAACAACACAACACCGCAUGCGCCCGGAGAUAUCCCGACUUGUCCGCCAUCUGACAUAUCCGGACUUACAGGAUUCGGAGAGGACGUGCAAGCGACCCUCACUCCGUGGGUUCCAAAGUGACGUCGUAUUUGUAAAUCACUGCCACCCCGAACGUGGACUUCAUGAAUAUGCCGAAAGAAGGGACCCAACUAUGAAGGCAAGCAAGCAGAAUCCAUUCGAGGUGGAGAUGACAUUAAUGGUUGUCAAGUACCUCGGGCAGCAAGGGUACGGCACGGACGACAUAGUGAUCCUAACACCGUACUUGGGCCAGCUGUCUUUACUACGUACGGAGCUGAGCAAAACCAAUGACCCAGUACUGAACGACCUGGAUGCGAAUGAUCUCAUACAGGCCGGUCUUCUGAUCCCGGGGAGUACAAAGGUGACUAGAAAUCCUAUUCGCAUAUCAACCAUCGAUAAUUACCAGGGUGAAGAGAGGAACAUUGUGAUCGCAAGCCUGACGCGUAGCAAUGAGGUAGGGGAAAUUGGUUUCAUGGCCGCUCCAGAGCGUGUCAAUGUUCUCCUCUCCCGGGCAAGAAACGCCCUAGUGAUGAUUGGGAACGCGAGUACAUUCCUAGCGAGUCGAAAAGGACACUCCACGUGGCAGCCUCUAUUUGAGAUGCUCCAGGCCCAUGGUCAGGUAUACGAUGGUGUUCCCCUCAAAUGUGAGAACCAUCCAGACCGCAUGGUCGUCGUGCAGUCGCCUGAGAAAUUCGAAAAGGAAUGUCCUGAUGGAGGAUGUUCGGAUCCAUGCUCGACCUUACUCCCAUGUCAGAUUCACACAUGUAUUCGACGGUGUCACCGCGUUCAGGAUCACAAGAGGAUGAAAUGCACUAUGACCAUGCAUAAGACCUGCCCCAAAAAUCACGAUUACUUCUGGCAAUGCUUCCGGGGAGAGCCCAAGGUCUGCCCGACCUGUCUCGAGGAGGCAAUCGAAGCUGAACGGAAAAGAAAUGAAGAUGCCAAACUGGAGGAGAAGCGACGGAAGAUCCAGCUAGAGCAUGCGAAGCAACUUGCGGAGAUCCAAAACAGAAUCGAAAGGCAGCGGGAGCUCCUGGUCAAUAAACAAAAGAUCCAGGAUCAUCAAGACGCUCUUGCCAAAAAGCAAAAGGAACUUGAGAGCCUGACUGCGGCCGCGAGUCGCCUCAGUACCCCCCAAUCAGCCCAGACGACGGACUCAGCUGGUAGGACUGAUAACGAUAAUGAUGAGUCAGAAAAGGUCACCCUCGAGUCGGCUGCACGAGACGAGUGGGAGAGGCAGAAGACGGAAGAAGGCCAGUCAAACACAGCCCUGGACAUACUUAUGGACAUGGUCGGACUCGAAAGCGUCAAGGACAGCUUUCUUGCCAUCAAGGCCAAGGUGGAUGUGGUCGUUCGGCAGGGGGCAAGUCUGUUGGAAGAGCGGUUCGUGGCCGCCCUCCUUGGCAACCCAGGAACAGGUAAGACUACGGUGGCGCGGCUGUAUGCUCAAUUUCUCAGCUCUGUUGGUGUCAUCCCGGGAAGCUUCUUCAUCGAGACAUCGGGUUCCAAGCUCGCAAACGGCGGCGUUUCCGGGUGCCAGAAACAUCUUGACGAAAUAAAGUCGAACGGUGGAGGAGCCCUGUUUAUCGACGAGGCCUAUCAGUUGACAUCCGGCAACAACGCGGGGGGUAGCUCGGUUCUUGAUUUCCUGUUGGCAGAGGUGGAGAAUUUGACAGGAAAGGUCAUAUUCAUCCUUGCCGGAUACAACAAGAAUAUGGAGAGCUUCUUUGCCCACAAUCCCGGACUCCCCAGCAGGUUCCCUAUUGAACUGCAGUUCCAGGACUAUUCAGAUGAGGAACUGCGUACCAUUCUCCAUCAUCACAUGAACAAGAAGUAUAAGGGACGAAUGAGGGUGGACGAUGGGCCGGAUGGACUGUACAUGCGCAUUGUCGCACGGCGUGUCGGUCGCGGCCGCGGUCGUGAAGGGUUUGGGAACGCCCGUACCGUCCACAAUGUUUUCGCGCGUAUCACAGAGCGUCAGGCAAGACGACUGCAGCGAGAACGGAGAUCAAAAGAGCUCACCGACGAUCUCCUUCUAACGAAGGAAGAUCUUCUCGGUCCAGACCCGCGCACGGUGCUUAAGAAGAACGCCACUUGGGACAAGCUGCAAGCCCUGACAGGUCUCCGCCUCGUGAAACAGUCUGUCCAAGCCUUAUUCGACACAGUCGCCUUUAAUUACCAACGGGAGCUGGAGGAAAAGCCCAUGGUGGAGUUUUCGCUCAAUAAGGUCUUCGUCGGGAAUCCAGGCACCGGCAAAACCACGGUCGCAAAACUGUACGGGAAGCUCCUGGCUGACAUGGGAUAUCUUUCAAACGGAGAAGUUGUCGUCAAAAACCCAUCUGACUUCAUUGGCAACGUCAUUGGGGGCUCGGAGGCCGCGACGAAAGGCAUUCUGGCCUCCACCCUUGGCAAAGUUCUAGUCAUCGACGAAGCGUACAUGCUAGGUGGCACGUCCUCAAGUGUAGACGGUGGCACUGGCCCAGAUAUAUUCAAAACCGCGGUCAUCGACACUUUGGUUGCAAAAGUGCAAAGCGUCCCCGGCGAUGAUCGCUGUGUCCUGCUUCUGGGAUACAGGGACGCGAUGGAAAGAAUGUUCCAGACAGUGAAUGAAGGCCUCUCGCGACGUUUUCCAAUGAGCACCGCAUUCGACUUCGAGGAUUUCACUGAUGAUGAUCUGCAAGACAUACUGAACCUAAAGCUUAAACAACUCGGUUUCAGCGCAACUGCAGAGGCAAAGUCAGUUGUUCGCCAAUGUCUUAGUCGCGCCCGUAACCGACCGAAUUUUGGCAAUGCUGGUGAGGUGGAUAUCCUUCUUGACAAGGCUAAACUACGCCACCAGCAGCGGCUGUCCGCGCGGAAGACUAAGAAUAUUGACAUUCUAGAGCCACUGGACUUCGAUCCUGAUUUUGACCGGGAGCAGAAUGCGGUCGCCAACUGUCGGAAGCUGUUUGAAGGUGUUGUAGGUUGUGAGCAACUUGUUGCGCAGCUGGAGGGCUACCAGAAUGUGGCUAGGAACAUGAAACAACUCGGUUUGGAUUCCCGGGAGAAGAUUCCUUUCAACUUCCUCUUCCGCGGCCUCCAGACAUCAACCGCACGCCGUAUGGGGCAGGUCUUUUACGACAUGGGUAUUCUCGGGGCACCCGAAGUAGUGGAGUGCCCUUCAUCAGAUCUGGUCGCACAAUAUGUGGGACAGACCGGCCCCAAAACCGAGAGGCUUCUCGAAAAAGGCCUGGGUCGGGUUCUCUUUAUCGACGAGGCAUACCGGCUUGCGGACGGCACAUUUGGAAAAGAGGCCAUGGACCAGCUGGUGGACUGCUUGACAAAGGAGAAAUUUGUCAAGAAGCUGAUCGUUAUCCUGGCCGGCUAUGACGAGGACAUCAACCGCCUUAUGGCAUCAAACCCCGGCCUGACCAGUCGCUUCUCGGAGACAGUCACGUUCAAGAACCUGACUGCCUCUCAAUGCUGGGUCCUCCUGCGGGACAGUCUGGGACAGAUUCACCAAGUAGAUCAGGCUGUUGUUCGACAGCCUGAUAGCCAGUUUCACUCUCGGAUCCUGGCGUCCUUUGAAUACCUAUCCCUUCUUCCUGGCUGGGGGAACGGUCGGGAUGUGAAAACCAUUUCGGACACUAUCAUCAGGAGAGUCUUCUCGAGUCCUCUAGUGGAAGGCCAGACACGGAUGGUGAUCACCGAAGAAAUGGUCAGUGACGUUUUCCAGUCCGCAAUCCACGAGCGGCAGCUGCGGGCGACGGCGACCGUCCCAAAUCUGCCGACUUCUCAUGCUGCCAUGCAAGCAACGGCAGGACCACCGCGCGUAGCACCCUCUUCAACGGCUGCUUCCUGGGCAAAGCAACAAGAUAACCCGUUGACUCCACCAGACACUGACUCAAAUGCAACUCCAACAGAGGCCGACCUGAGCGGGCCUCGCGAUCCAGGAGUAUCUGACGAGGUCUGGAACAAACUGCAAGCUGAUUUGAAACAUCACGAGGCACGAAUUAAUCAUGAUGCGGAGAUCAUUAGUGAAGAGAAGGCUUUGAGGAAGAAGCUGGAUAGCCACUCAGAUAUGCCGGACGAUGACGAGCGACGGCAAUAUGAGGAGCAUGUCAGGAGGCUUGCUCGAAAGAGAGUUGAGAUCGAGGAGCGUAAGAAGAAGGAAGAAGCUCAGCGAAAACUGCGGGAAAUGGGAGUCUGUCCCGUGGGAUAUCGGUGGAUUCCACAGGCAUCAGGCUACCGGUGUGCGGGUGGGAGUCAUUUUGUUUCAUCGGCGCAGCUGGGCUUGUGAUCCCCACACGGGUCGCCAUAAUAUCUGUCUUCCAGAAUGCGCGCAACAAUACGAAUGCCAUUGCCUGAUGAGUCUGUGCUUAGGCACAACGAGUUACUUGUUGCUCGCGACCGGAGUAAGCAUACGGUCCAGGACAUACCGCUAUGUGUUCACGAGGGUACUAGAUCCAAUUACCACGCACACAUACUCAAUCCGGCUCACUGUUGAUGACAUUAGCCGGGAUGGAGGUGCUGGAAUUGAAGUUCAUACCCAAGGGAAUAACUGGCGAAUCACCAAUGUUGAAUUUUGGCCAUCUCCACCUCUUUCGUUAGGGACCAAGUCCGUGAAAGAUGAAGAGAAACAGGCACUGCAUCUGGUCGCACUAGCGGGAGAAAUUCGAGCCUUAUAAUGAUUUCGUCCACUUAUUCAUAAGAAUGCAUAGAAAAAGGCCAAUGGCUGUGUUAGGCAGCCGAAUGGGAGGCAUCCAUAUCCUAGCAGGUUCGAUGCCUAUCAAUACCUUUAGAAUGAUGACUUCAGCAGAUUCUUUUU